CAAAAGCUGUAAGUGGAGGGGACUGAGUCACAACGCGUGGAGAUAUCAAUACUCAAUCCAACGGAACUUACGUUGAAACUUUCUCCAUUGACCGAACUGCCCUUUUCUUCUUCGUACUUGUCUUCUCCAGACACAAUCAUCUUCAUCACCAUCCUCACUUAUUCACCCAUAAAACAGACACAACACACAAUCACAUAACAAAGCUCUGUUCUUGUUCUUUCAUUCUUUCAUUCUUUUUUUUUAUUCAAAGUUCCCACCUUUAUUGAGACUUGGGUUUCAUUUAUUCAUCUCUUGUCGGAUCAAAGUUUCUGUUUUUGUGGAGGACAGAGAGAUAAAGUUUGAUUCUUUUUAAUCUCCGGAGAUCGAAGAAGAUGUGGUGGAUGAUGGGAGAGAACGGUGGUCACUACUGUUCUAAAAAGUCCGAUGAUUUAUGCGGUUCUCAGGAAUCAGAUCGAGGCUUUGGUAUGUCAAGACUCUGUUGUAUCUUGCGUGGUGUUGAUUUGAAAUCGAUCUUGUUUCUCUUAGUAAUCGUACCAAUGUGUGUUCUUGGUGUAUACAUUAACGCACUCAAGAUUUCAUAUUUCUUGAGACCUUUAUGGGAAUCACCACCAAAACCAUUCCACGAGAUCCCUCAUUAUCAUCACGAGAACGCUUCUAUGGAAUCUCUCUGUAAACUCCACGGUUGGGGAACCCGUGAGUACCCUCGCCGUGUCUAUGAUGCUGUUCUCUUUAGUACUGAAGUUGAACUCCUUACUAUACGGUGGAAAGAACUCUACCCUUAUGUUACUCAGUUUGUUCUCCUCGAGUCUAACUCCACCUUCACCGGGUUACCAAAACCGCUUGUUUUCGCGGGGCAUAGGGAUGAGUUUAAGUUCAUUGAGCCGCGGUUGACUUACGGGUCGAUUGGUGGAAGGUUUAAGAAAGGAGAGAAGAACCCUUUUUACGAAGAGGCUUAUCAAAGAAUCGCAUUGGAUCAGCUUUUGAGAAUAGCUGGUAUUACUGAUGAUGACUUGUUGAUUAUGUCUGAUGUCGAUGAGAUACCGAGCAGACACACGAUAAAUCUUCUCCGUUGGUGCGAUGACGUACCGCCUAUCCUUCAUCUUAGACUGAAGAACUACUUGUACUCUUUCGAGUUCCCGGUCGAUGAUAAGAGUUGGAGAGCGUCAGUACAUAGGUACCAGACGGGUAAAACGAGGUAUGCGCAUUAUAGGCAGUCUGAUGUGAUCUUGGCGGAUUCAGGGUGGCAUUGCAGCUUCUGUUUCCAUCGAAUCAGCGAGUUUUUAUUCAAGAUGAAAGCUUAUAGUCACUACGAUAGAGUGAGGUUUGCGCAUUACUUGAACCCGAAAAGGGUUCAGAGAGUUAUAUGCAGCGGAGCCGAUCUCUUCGAUAUGAUCCCUGAGGAAUACACGUUUAAAGACAUCAUCGGUAAAAUGGGUCCAAUUCCGCAUUCUUACUCUGCGGUUCAUCUUCCCGCGUACCUCCUAGAGAACGCGGAGAAGUACAAGUUUCUUCUUCCGGGGAAUUGCUUGAGAGACGAUGAGUGAAUGAACUUGUGGUGGUUCUUGUAACUAAUAUGGAUUAUGGACAAUACUACUACUACUAACUCAUGAUUAUUAUUAAUUCUUUUUGGGUGAGUUACAUUUUCUGAAAGAGUUCAUGGCGAUUUUAUUGAUCACUUUCUUGUUGUACAUAUACUAUUAAUUUAAAUCUGAUCUCUUUGGGGUUCUCUUUU